AUGAGCGAGAGGGUUUUAACAUUGUCGACAACUACAUUGACUUCCUAUAGAGGACAUGUUAAAAGUUGUAAGGUUUUAAGAAAAAUAUCACUUAAUCUAUUAUCAAUUAUACUCAACAAAAACCAACUUGUGGGAAAAAACUACAUUGACUGGAAAAAGAAUCUUAAUAUUGUUCUUACCGCUGAAAAACAUAAAUUUUUGCUAAUUGAAGAUUGUCUCGAAAUCCCCAAAGAUGAUUCCAUGAGAUCUCAAAAGGCUACAUAUGAAAAGUGGUAUCAUUCUGAUGAGAUAACCCAUUGUUAUAUUUUGGUAACCAUGUUAAAUGUAUUACAACAUAAAUAUCAGAAUAUGGAAACCGCUUUUGACAUAAUGAAGAGCCUUCAAGAGAUGUUUGUACAUUAA